CGCGUAUUGUUUAAGCGCAACUGUCACACAUGUUCUCCCCUCAGGCUGGGACGUUGUCAGGCAGCAGAUAAUGACAUGCCCCUCUGACUCCCCUCCUAAUGGCUCUACUUAUUAUUCCCUUCAAAAUUCCAGCGGAUUCUGUAUUGCUAAUUUGCUUAGUGUGUCAGUAAGUGGUGUGGGCUGGUUUAAAGGCAGUAAAUGAUGCCUGCUGAUUACACGCCCCUCAAGGAGCCACCCAUAUAGGCUUACCAUGCCGCCCGUGUGCUGCUACUAGUACUGAGCAGCGGGGUCACCUCAUGCUACUGACUGAGCAGGGCACAAACUAAAGACACAACUACAGAGCCCAGCCCCAAGGGAUACUGCGCCAAUAAGGACUUGCUAGCAGAUACUAAGGAGCCCCACCCGUGCCUAUAUACCGGGAGAAGUUGCAGCAGUUCUGUCUUAUCGUGACGGAGAGAAGAACUAGAAUGGGGCUUAAAAUGAAGGAAAAAGUUUCCAACUUCCUGUUCGAAUAUGACACCCCUAGAAUGGUGCUUGUCCGGGACAAGAAAGUGGGGCUGACAUUCAGGAUGAUCCAAGUGGGAGUGCUGGCCUACAUUAUUGGAUGGGUGUUUGUCUAUGAGAAAGGUUACCAGAAUGUGGAUGGCAUCAUCAGCUCUGUCUCAGUUAAAAUAAAAGGCUUAGCUGUUACAGAUCUACCAGGCGUUGGCACAGAGAUCUGGGAUGCAGUGGAUUAUGUUUUCCCACCACAGGGUGACAGCUCAUUUGUUGUGAUGACUAACUUCAUUACUACUGCAGAUCAAAAGAUGGGAUACUGCAAUGAGCUCCCAGACGUAGCACCUUGUGAAACCAAUGAUGACUGCAAAAUCACAGCUUUUCGACAGAGUCAAGAAGAGACCAAUGAUCCAUCAAUGGGCCUGUCAGGUGUUAUGACUGGAAAUUGCACAACAUAUGACAAUAAAACCAAGUCCUGUCAAAUCUAUGCCUGGUGUCCAGUGGAAAAUGAUUAUACUGUUCCCAAGCCUCCAUUACUAUCGCAGGCUGAAAAUUUCACUCUGUUUAUUAAAAACAGCAUCAGUUUCCCUAGACAUGAAGUUACUAGACAGAAUUUAGUGGAGUCAGUAACUAGCAGCUAUUUAAAAAAGUGUAUUUAUCACAAAGAAACGGAUCCGCUGUGCCCCGUCUUUCGAUUGGGAUAUAUUGUGGAGCAAUCGGGUCGGAAUUUCAGUGAACUGGCCUACAAGGGAGGAACAAUUAGCAUUGUAAUUGACUGGCAGUGUGAUCUUGAUUGGCCCGUGAGGUACUGUAAGCCUAUCUAUGAAUUUCAUGGACUACAAGAUGAGAACAAAGUCUCCCAAGGAUUUAACUUCAGGCAUGCAAGAUAUUAUAAGGAAGAUGGAGUAAGUAAAAGAACAUUAUUCAAGGUGUUUGGAAUUCGAUUUGACAUUCUGGUAAAUGGACAGGGUGGGAAGUUUGAUAUCAUUCCAACAAUGACAACCAUAGGCUCGGGAAUUGGUAUAUUUGGAGUGGCAACUGUUGUGUGUGACCUGAUGUUGCUGCAUGUUCUUCCAAAAAGGAACUAUUAUAAAGAGAAGAAAUUUAAACAAGCUAAAACAGAUCAAAAGGAUUCACAAGAAAAGGUGGAAGUCUAUACCUAUUCCCAGAAUGGACAACAGCUUAAUUCCAGCAGCUCAGAAAAUGUCUAUGAUACACAGUUAAAUACAUACAAUUCCUGUUAGGCCAACAGAAAGGGGCACAAAGAUGGAUGAUUGAAUAAACCUAUGUUUUAGUUCGUUGAAGAUCUGCAACAGAACAUGCCAAAUUAAGGAACACCAGGCGCCUUCAGAACUAUGAAGAAAGAAAUACUUCAUAAAGAUCACAUAUUUUGCUGCAUCACAACACUCGUGACACGCUUUUCAAAUGGAUUCUAUAACAGAUUAAGAUUAUCACUGUCAGAUAACUGAAUGAUCCGUAGGAUAAUAUCAUAUGCAGCAUUUAGCCUGUGUUUUAUCAUAAAAUGUGGAGAAUCCCAUUCCAUUUCCACCACUGUCCAAAACCUUUGGGUUUCAGCAUUUGAGGUGAAUGUGAGACUUUGUUUUGUGUUAAGUUUGACUUUGACCUAAAUUUUCUAAAUCUGAAUGUAUGCUGUGGUGUUUGUGGGUCUAAUGUUAAGUUUAUCAUUUAUGUUUUAGUCUUGUGUAAGAUGAUGUUCAAUUUUUUAAGACCUAUUUACCAAAAUCUCAAAUACCAUUUUUUAAUCUUUAUUUAGUCGCCUGGCGAUAAAUCGUCUCUUCUUCGGGGCGACUAAUCUCCUUGAACUGCCUCUUGCCGGCUAGAAUCUAA